UCCUCCUCUGCAGGCUAUGUUAGCAUUCCUCGAUGCCCGGUGAUUUUUGAUGGUACCAAUUAAGGAGAGUUUGCUGCCUUUAUGCGCAUUCAUAUGCGGGGUCUUCGACUUUGGGGCGUUCUUACCGGCGAGGUCCCCUGUCCGCCGCGCCCCAUUGCUCCUGUGCCUCCUACCCCGCCGCCUGUACCACAGGCGCUUGCUGAGGAUGCUACUCAGGCUGAUCGGGAUGCAGCCAAGUCUGCCGAGGCUGCUGCUGAUGAGGCAUAUGAGGAGCAGGUACUUGCCUAUUCAGAGGCUCUUGGCUCCUACCGUGAUAGUCUGGCUACCUUUACUCAGUGGUGUGAUGAGGAUGCUAGAGCUGCUGCCGUUCUUUCGCAGAGUGUUCAGCCACAGUUUGCUUCUGAGUUUAUGGGCCUUGCUACUAUCGCUGAGAUGUGGUCUCACCUUCGUCAGCGCUAUCAGCCUUCUGGUGAUUCUCUAUACUUAUCUGUGUUGCGCCAGGAGCAUGAUCUUCAGCAGGGUGACUCUACUGUUGAUGAGUUCUACACCCAGAGUGCGGCCAUCUGGCGCCAGCUUGACUCUCUUCGCAGUGUUGUCUGUGGUACUUGUCAGUGUUGCCGGACAGUGCGUUCAGAUAUGGACUUUCAGAGGAUCCAUGAGUUCCUGUCUCGACUUCGCCCAGAGUUUGAGCCUCGUCGUGCUCAGCUGUUUGCUGGAGGCCGUGUUCCUAUCUCAGAGGUGCUGACUGAGCUUCGUGCUGAGGAGACUCGUUUGCGUGGUGCCGGACUACUUGGGACACCCUCUGUUCUUGCUGCUCGAGUUCCCACUGCUCCUGCACCGCCACUUCUUCCUACACCAGUGUCUGCUGCUUCUGGAGGAGCCCGCUCUUCUCGCGGUGGGGGUCGCUCUCGCCCUCCUCGGUUCUGCACUCACUGUCGGAGGUCUGGUCACCUUGAGUCUGACUGCUACCAGAAGCAGCGGGGUGUGCCUCCUCGUGCUCCACCCUCCGCGCCUGUCACCACCGGCUUCACUGAGCAGGAUAUAGUGAGACUUCAGCGUCUCCUUGCCUCCUCCGGCUCUGCUUCGACGGGUACUGCUGCCUCCGCGGCUGUUUCCUCUCCACCGUCAGGACACUCACACUCGGGCCCUGGUUGGGGCUGGCCCACGGUGCCGUGACUCCCAGGGACUUUGGGAGCUUGACUGGCUUCAUGUUCCUUCUUCCACCACUUCAUCGACCGCUCCAUGCGUGCUUGCUGCUUCCACCACCGCCUCCUUUCAGCAGUGGCACCAUCGUCUUGGUCAUCUUUGUGGUUCUCGCUUGUCAUCUUUACUUCGUCGAGGCCUUCUGGGGCCUGUCUCAGGAGAUGUCUCUCUUCAGGGUUGUCAGGGUUGUAGGCUUGGUAAACAGAAUCAGUUACCUUAUCCUACUAGUGCGUCUGUAUCUCAGCGUCCAUUUGAUUUGGUCCAUUCUGAUGUAUGGGGUCCGGCUCCUUUUGCCUCCAAGGGGGGCCACCGCUACUAUGUUCUCUUUAUCGAUGACUUCUCUCGCCA